AUGACUUGCAUAUCGAUUUUCACAUACGCCUUUCAACUCCAGGUCUUCUACCUCGAGGUAUGUAAAGUGGUCCUGGAUGCGACAUGUGACAAUGAUGACUUUCAUCCGGCCAUCACUCCCCUUAUUCUGGCUGCUCAACGCAACAACUUCGAGGUGGUUAAGAUGCUGGUGAAUCUUGGAGCGACUAUCGAGGUACCAAAAAUCUCGGUCGGGGUUGAUGUGACAUUGACUCAAGCUGUCUCAACGCUGCACAUCUACCGCGCCAUAUCGCAGCCUGCUUACCUAAUGGCCACACAGUUUGAUGUCAUUGGCCAUGCUUUUAAGGUGCAAUAUGACUGCUGCCUCAGAAUGGCAAUUUUAAAGGCCAAGAGGAACAUGAGCAAGAGGCUCCGGUUCUUGGGCAAAACUUGGCAGGAUUUUGGCGCCGAGUUUGACGCACUGGCGGACGCCGUGGACAAAUUUGCUGCCGACCUGUUAGGCCAGUCCGCAUCCACCGAGGAGGUUCUUGCGUUGUUCAGAUACCACAAGACGGACCAGUACAGGGACAGAGAAGGCAGACAACAUCCCCUUGCCAAAGUAUCCGAAGCAAUUCGCUACGAACAGAAAAAUUUCAUAGCGCAUCCUCAUUCCCAAAAGGUCUUAGUGGCGCACUUCUUUCGGAACUUAUUAUCCUGGAAUGCCAGGGGUGCUAUCUACUGGGCCGUCUUGACCCUUUUCGUCCUCGUCUUUUUCCCUGCGAUCUCUUUGGUGUACAUCCUGUUGCCCGUUCCACGAGUCGUCCGUUUCGUCCGUAUACCGUAUGUUAUGAUGCUCAUGAAACUAGCGUCAGAUCUGGCUUUCAUCGGAUUGAUUGUUGCUCUGGGUGUUACCGAGAGGGCGAGCGAUCCCAAGCUUAGUGAAGCUCUGCGCCUCUCCGUCUUGCUUUGGAAUAUUGUGGGAUUGGAAGAUCGACGACGGCGUGGACUCGGUCCUCGUGAGGACCUGUCGGACUUGGCCUGCCGGUACGGGGCUCCAGCCCCCACGCCCACACCCACACCAGUGGGCCCCAUUACCACCACUUUACCAGAGUAUUAUCAAGUACACCUUGCAGCCGACACUUACGACCCGAUCCUGGUGUCUGAGGCGCUGUACGGCGUGGCCAUGAUGAUCUCGAUCAUGCGGCUGACUAAUCUCCUGAAGGUCAGCUCCUCCUUAGGUCCGCUCCGCAUCUCUCUAGGUUCCAUGGGCCCGGACUUCCUCAAGUUCUUCGCCAUCUUCUUCAUCGUUUGGUUUGCCUUUGCCGUUGGCAUGACGCAGAAUUAUUUCUCAGCAGGCAAUUCGGAGAGUCAGGUCUGCCUACAGCAAGGUGGUGACGAGGCCUCCUGCAGCAAUGUCGUCAAAUAUGCCGCCUUCCCCAACUCGUUGGUGGAACUGUUCUGGACUCUUUUUGGUUUCACUGAGCUGGAAACACUGCAGUUAUCAUCCAAUCACAUCUUGGCCGAGUUCAUCGGCACCUUCUUGUAUGGCUGCUAUCUCGUCAUCGGUGUCUUGAUCCUUUUGAACGCUCUCAUCGGCAUGUUGUCCAACACUUACAACAUCGUCGAGGAGGAUUCGGAUUCGGAGUGGAAGUUUCACCGUGCUAUCGUCUGGGACCUCUACCUGCAUCCAGUGGGCACGCUACCGCCUCCCUUCAACCUCAUCCCGUCCCUUAAGAGUCUGUGGCGCUUCCUGCGAGCUUUCCUUGGUAUGUGGAUCGAGUGUGCCCGGCGAGUACGCACGAAUAAAAGACACAUCCACGCCAAGAAUGAACUUGAUGACUACUCGCGAGUGAUCAAGUUGAUUAGCAGCCGCUACACACAGCAGAAUCUCUCUGCCGAAUCACAGAGCGCAGAAGCGGCGACUCACCGAGACGUAAAACAGCUCAAAAACGACCUACUGUCUUUGAGAUAUUUCACCAAAGAUCGUCUGAGAAAGUUCAACAAAACCUUACUCAACACUGGAGGGCAGUGUACAGGUGUGUACCAGAAACUAAACGAUCUGGUUCCAACAGAUAUUCGGGCUGACGAUCUAAACACGCAAUCUGACGAACUCGCCGACCAGACUCACGAACUCAGAGAGAAGAUCGACUCCUUGAAUGCUGAGAUUGAGCGGCUGCAAAAGUUACUCGCUGAACGGCAAGGAGGAGUGCAGGAGCUCGAACCAGACCCAGAGCCGGACCCAGAGCCGGAACCAGAGCCGGAACCAGAGCCAGAACCAGAUCAAGAUCCCCUAGUGGUGCCGGGUACCAGCAAGCUAAUUCAUCGUCUGGCGACCAUGGUGGAGCACGAUAUUGAAUGGGGCAAUGACUAUCAAAUUCGGAGGGAGUUGGCUGCAGCCAGUCGGCGUGCUGACGAACGCUCGGUGGGAACUCGCCUUCCGAGGCUGGAUCCAAAUCUGGAUCCAAAGAAGUAGUUUAUCUCUGGUUUCAAAUAACAGCAACCAGGAUAUACUUACCUACGCACGAUGUUAUGUACAGCCAAUUUGAAUCAGAUUUGCAGUUUUGCAUAAAUUCCUCACAGUCCAGGUUAAGCUUGAAAAUUGAAACAUUCUCAUUAAUUUUUGCUGGCUAUUUUCCAGAGUUGUAGUGCAUCUGCCAAAACCUUUAUCCGCUGGGAAAUAAUUUUACAAAAGUUGGUGGGAAAAGGGAUUUAUCUACUUCCAACGUACAAUAUAUCCGAGAUAGGUAAAUGCUUUACUUUGGUAGGUCCAGUACUUUCAUUGUUGACUUGAUAAAAGCCUUUUGAUUGAAGUAAAUAUCGACUCACUGAUAUUUCAAAUACUUCCAAGGUUAAUUUCCACAGGAUUGACAAGUACUGUCCUUUAAUCCUAAAUAGAUGAAAAAUGCUGUCUUUUAGGCCUAAGUAAAACUGUGUGUCUGAGAGAAAGUGCCUCGAAAUCAUGAAAGAAAUUCCGAUUUACAUCUGUUAGAGCCUCAAAACAAAUGUAAACAUUAAUUAUGUGUGGAGAGUUAUGAUUGGUUAAACAUCCACACAAAAUUGAUAGUGAUUCUUUGGGAUGAUUUGACCUCAAUUUCUGCUAUAAAGCCUAGCUUUAGAAAUAGGCUGAGGUGAAGAAAUCAUAACUACGGCUCAUGUAUUAGAGCCCCGAUUGCUCUUUGGUGCAUCCUGGAACUUAAUCAGCAAAAUAAAAUUUAUUACGAUCUGUGUAGGUUGGUCGGAUGACCAUUGGGACUAUGCUUUUGUACACUUUUGCUUUGCAUAAACUUGGUUACCAGCCAACCUAUCACGACGUGAUGCGUUGGUCAUUGCUUGGAACAGAUUCUCAAGCUCUCAGUAUUUGUGGGUGUUCGGCUGUGUGUUAUUCGAAAUCACCACAAGACCAGACGCAAAACCAGUCACAGGACCACUCACAAGCGACAAGAUAAAUAAUGACUAGUUGUUCAGUUUGAGUAGCUUGUGACUUGAAUUGAGACUGGAGGUCUUGUGUUGGUCUUGUAGGGGUUCAAGUCUAGAGUUUCGUGACGGUACUGUAGGCAUAAAUCUUUGAGGAGGACGAAGGAGUAAAAACGUAGUAUUAUGGCUGUUGAGAUGCUAGCUUGUUUUAGCUGUCCUAGCCUUAUGUGAUUCUCAUUUCAUAAAAUAAAUAUUUGACGAUACAUUAGAAUUAAAUGUGCCAUGUUUCAGACCAUUUAAAAGCACGUUAUUGAGAAUUAAAUCCUUUUCGCCAACUGUGGGUAAACGUUACGAUUAAUUACUUUCUCCGUAACGAUUUAAUCUAACGAUAAUUGUUUCCCCAACAAAAUGUUCCCAACAUAUUUCCACGUAGUUGUGUCGUAUCGUUGGUAGUUUAUUGCUGAGGUUUCCAACUCGGCUACGUCUCUGUGUGAAUCUAUCAAACCCGAGUGGGAUUUUCGAUAAAGAUGUCAACACUAAAUGAAAAUUUACUUCAUCUUUGUGACGACAACAUGGCCUUUUAGGCGUCUACCAAAAUAUGACUUCAUGUUGAGCCAAAAACUUUAGAAUUGGAUGGGAAAAGAAAUCACAGGAAGUUAGAAAAAAGACAAAUUCUUAUUUUGACCCCCCAUCACCACACUGUGAGAAGCAGUGAAAUACAUAAGACUUACGCACAA